AUCAGAGUAAAUUACAUUUGUUUACAAACAUUUUCAAUUCGUAAAAAAAAAAAAUGGGUACACCGCGGAAAAAUCUCAACUAUUAUUCGCCCUAUUCACAAAAUGUGGGUCAGUAUCCCUCGCAGACAUCGGACUACAUGUCACAGCACACUGGAGGCCUGCAAACGCAGCCAGACAGACAACAACAGAAUUCCCAAAGUGGGACGCCACAUUUUUACCAAAACAGAACGCCGCAGCAACAAAAUUGUGGGUUUUUUGAGGACAGGGAGAGCUCCAAUGCCAAGAACACACCCCACUUUUAUCGCAACAAAACACCGCAUCCGCAACGAGGCUCGUUUAAUAGGAAUUUUGGUCAUCGCGGCGGAAGACGAGGAUUUCAUCAUCACCAGCAGCAUCAACGGCAAUUCAAUGAUAACAAAAAUACGGACACGUUUUCGCAGUACUUUCACAGCUCGAUGCUAGAGGAUCCGUGGCAUGACUUGAUGGAGCGCUACAAUGCAAUACACGGCAGCAUUGUGGAUGAUGACCAAAGCAAGCCAAAGGAAGAUUCGGAUACAUAGUUUGAAGUUUAACAUUUUAUACAUUUAUGCAACUGUUUCUUAUAAAAUUCAAUGGAUAAACUU